AUGGCGAUCCAGAGUCGGCAAGUGAAACAGCCCCAGGAUCAGGGAUGUCAGGACACGGCUUCAGACUCGCUCUGUGACAUUUACAGGUGUGUGGCCCCUCCUGAAGGGGGAGGAAACCGCACUGUCCGCCGGAUCGGAGCCGCUUGCCUUCUGUCCUUGGCCGCCUUGCUGGGCUCCAUCUGUCUUGACCUGAACAGCAGCCUGAGGACGUGGAGAGAGGCAAAGAGUGCGCUCCAGGCUGUGGCUUCCUGCAGAAACCUUCUCCUCCUUCACCUGAUCAACCGGCUGCAGGAAGAACGUGCCUCUGUCUGGUGGCAUCCAAACAGCACCUCGGUCAGCCACAGCAGCGACUGGAUCCAGGUCACCUGCAAAGAGCUAGCCCUCGCCAUCCGCAAGAGGCACCCGGGCUGCUUAAAGGCAGAAUUCCCUUGUCCCCAGUUUGUGAAUGGAAGCACAGAGAUUGCAAGCUGGCCGCUCGAUGAGGAUGAGGGGGACAAUCUCAUCUCGUCCAUUAUCUCCAACCUGCUGAGGGCCCUCGAGGGCCCAGAAAGAGACCUGAGCCUAGCCAGGUCUAACCAGCACUGGGCAGAUGUGCUGGCCCUCAGGAUGGUACUUAGAUCCAAGGAAGAGAUGUUCAUGUGGUACAGGUCACAGCUCGCAGCCUCCUCACAGCGUGCUGGACCACGGGAUCCUCCACCAACAUGGCGCCAAAUCUCCACCAGGCUGAACCAGGCUCUGUUCAUGUCAGAAAACAUGCAGGGCUGCUGCAGGAAGAACAGGAAUCUCUCACUCCACUUCACUGACUGUGAAGGAGUCUGUCAGUUCAUACCUUCCACUGACCUGGGGUCUCAAACGUCCCAGAGGGAUGUGCUACUUCACCACAUCCGCUGGAUCCAGGAUUGUCUACUUCACAGCAGCACAGACUCGAUGCGAGAGAAAGCCAGAGACAUUCUGUCUGCCGUGAGCUUCCGGGUCACCUUGUUGGGCACCGCCUGCCUCAUUUACCCGAUCGUGUUGCUCUCCUUCAAACAGAUGACCGAAUGGAUCCAGAACUAUGCCCGGGGCCUGAAGGAGCGCACCGAGGAGCUGAAGCGGCAGAGGCGCCUGGCCGAGGACCUCCUGCAUCAGAUGUUACCCAAGUCGGUGGCGAAACAGCUGCGGAGGCGCGAACACGUCGAAGCGGAGAGUUAUGAACAGGUGACAAUUUAUUUCUCGGACAUUGUAGGAUUCACCACCAUCGCUGCCUCGUGUACGCCUCUGCAGGUGGUGGAGAUGUUGAACAAUUUGUACAUGUGUUUUGAUACCAGGAUUGAUUCCUACGACGUAUACAAGGUGGAGACCAUUGGAGAUGCAUAUAUGGUGGUGAGUGGCCUCCCUGAACGGAAAGGAACUAAUCAUGCUGAUGAAAUUGCAAAGAUGUCCCUGGAUUUAGUAGCAGCUGUAAGACAAGUGCCAAUUCCUCACAUGCCAACAGAAAGACUGCAACUGCGGGUUGGCAUUCAUACAGGUCCUUGCGUGGCUGGAGUUGUGGGAUAUAAGAUGCCUCGUUAUUGUCUAUUUGGAGAUACAGUCAAUACUGCAUCUCGUAUGGAGUCCACCAGUCUGCCUCAGAAAAUUCACAUUAGUUCAGCUACAUUUGCUGCCUUGGUGCAUGAUGAGGCUUAUGAAAUUGAACUGCGAGGCGAAACUGAAGUUAAGGGAAAGGGGAAAAUGAAAACCUAUUGGUUGAUUGGGAACAAGAACUAUAGUGUUCAGAAUGACAGCCUGGUCUGUCAUUGGAAGCCACGUAUCAAGAAGAAAAAUGAGAAUGGGGACAGUAUGUCUUCAGCACAACAGUCAAGAGUAAGUUCCUUAGUGCAUACGCCAAGCAACAGAAACACACCACUUUUCAAUGGAUGCACAGGAGCUAACAGCGACUGUCUGCAGAAAGCUGAUAGCCAGUUAGCUUUGUCAUCACUACAAUCCAAUGAACAUUCACAACCUCACAGUCUGAAUUCUGAGAAUGGACUUGCACUACACGGCAGAUACCCAGAACAGGAAAAAGAACCCUACCUCAAAGGCACGCCAUUGAUUGAAUCAGAACUUUCUACCAAUGCAUAUGAAAUGACACAGAGUCAAUUUGAAAGCAGGCACCUGGAAAAUUCGGAAUUUCUCCCUGGGUUUGUGAAUUUCAGUUAACCAAGGUAAACAGCCAAAAUUAGAAAAUCUGUUAAAGUUUAUUGUUUUUUUUUAGACAUUUCAAAAUAAAUUGUACUUGGAAUGUACACAGCGUGGUAUUUAAUGACCACUUGUGAUUCCUAAGGGAAUUAAUAUUCACUUUGUGGAGAUUGCGGUAGAUAUUUGUAAUCAGCCUUUUAGAUGUAUGAUGAUGCACCUCUGGAUCAGAUGGGAUUUGAACCCAGGUUUAUCUGGCUCAGGAGGGCAGGAAGGACACCACCAGGUACCACAAGAGCUCUGUGGGGUUUGUGAUACAUUUGAUUGUGGAUAUUAAAAUAGAUAAUAGCAAAUUAGUUAUUUUUAUACACCACUUCAAAGGAGAUUUAAAACUGGAGAAUAUAUUUAUUUUAAUUAGCCUGUUUAGACAUGGUGUGACACACAUCUGGGACAGGUAGAACUUGAAACCUGGCCUCCUGUCUCAGAGGUAGGGACAUUAACAUUGAAUCACAAGACACUAAAAACAGAAGAAUGUAGUUACUCUUAAUUAACCUGCUCAGAGAUGUUAAGACACAUAUCUGGAUCAGGUGGAACUUGAAGCCAGGCCUUCUGGUUUAGAGGCUAAGACACUACCACCACACUAUAAGACUCCUAAAACUGAAGAAUAUAGAACAUGCACUUGAAUCCCCUGUUUCACACUAUCUCCCAAAGCCAAAGUAACUGCAGUAAAAUAGGACUGGUGUUAGAUGUAGUCCAGGCUGAGUGGAGGUUGCAGGUUCCAUUCCCUGAGGGAUAUCAAUGAACCAGUUGUGUUUUUUUAAAUAAUGAUCUGGCAGCUUCUUAGGUCACUUCCCUGGGUAAUUGAAUUCAAUUUCACAACGUACAUGGUGGCAUUUCAGCUCAUGUCUAGGUUGAUAGUCUAGUUCCAGAACUACUAGAUUACCAUGAAUUAACAUACUAUUGACUAUGACAAAGUGAGGACUGCAGAUGCUGGAGAUCAGAGUCAAAAAGUGUG